AUGGGUCGGCUGGUGGUGGUGUCUGGGCUGACACAGACUCUGGUGGUGGUGUCUGGGCUGACACAGACUCUGGUGGUGGUGUCUGGGCUGACACAGACUCUGGUGGUGGUGUCUGGGCUGACACAGACUCUGGUGGUGGUGUCUGGGCUGACACAGACUCUGGUGGUGGUGUCUGGGCUGACACAGACUCUGGUGGUGGUGUCUGGGCUUACACAGACUCUGGUGGUGGUGUCUGGGCUGACACAGACUCUGGUGGUGGUGUCUGGGCUGACACAGACUCUGGUGGUGGUGUCUGGGCUGACACAGACUCUGGUGGUGGUGUCUGGGCUGACACAGACUCUGGUGGUGGUGUCUGGGCUGACACAGACUCUGGUGGUGGUGUCUGGGCUGACACAGACUCUGGUGGUGGUGUCUGGGCUGACACAGACUCUGACUCUGGUGGUGGUGUCUGGGCUGACACAGACUCUGGUGGUGGUGUCUGGGCUGACACAGACUCUGGUGGUGGGGAGACUGUGGAUCCUGAGGCUGUGGAGUGACCAGAAAAACCUGGAGAAGGACCUCUCCACUUUUUUCCAGGAGGAGCUUAAGAAGUUCCUCAGGCUUCUGAGCACAGAUUACCCAGAAUGCUUAGAGCCUGUGGAGGAUGAGGAGCAGAGGAGCAGUAGUGAGGCGCUCCUGAAGAUCACACUGAACUUCCUGAGGAGGAUGGAUCAGAAGGAGCUGGCUGAGCGUCUGUGGAGCAGGGUUUCUUCUGGACGUUCUCAGCGUAAACUGAAGGUGGAUCUGCAGCAGAGGUUUGAGUGUGUGUUUGAGGGCAUCGCUAAAGCAGGAGCCCCCACCCUCCUGAAGCAGAUCUACACCGAGCUCUACAUCACAGAGGGAGGCUCUUCAGAGGUCAACCAGGAACAUGAGUGGUCAGCACUGGCCUUCAUCUUACUGUCAUCAGAAGAAGAUCUGGACCAGUUUGAGCUGAGCAGAUACUGUGCUUCAGAGGAGGCUCUCCUGAGGCUGCUGCCAGUGGUCAAGGCCUCCACCAAAGCUCUAAUCCGCUUCAUGCAUGGCCUGCGUCACCGCGCACGCAGGGAACACGUCUGGCUGCGAUGA